UCUCCGAGCGCCUUCGGGUGUCUCCGGCGGUCAAAAAGAGGAGGGAGCCGCCUGUGCGUACGCGGUGCAUUGUGGGGCGGCAAGGAGCCGAGUCACUGCUGGGUUGGGGCCGCCAUCUUGUCUCCGUCCGGAUUCGCUGCCGCCUUCGGGGCCUGCUCCUUCUCCUCAGUGAGCCGGGCGGGGGAGAGGCCCAGCCAGGCUGAUGCGCGCGUCCCCCCGCGCCUCUCUCAGGUGCCGCUAGCGUCCAGGCUUCGGGCGGGGCGGCCGCGGCCGGGGGGCUCCGCCAUGGGUCGGUCCCGCAGCCGGAGCUCGUCCCGCUCCAAGCACACCAAGAGCUCCAAGCACACCAAGAAGAACCGGAGCCGCUCGCGGUCCCGCUCCCGGGAGAAGGAGCGGGCGCGCAAGCGCUCCAAGUCCCGGGAGACCAAGCGGAACCGGCGCCGCGAGUCCCGCUCCCGGUCCCGCUCCAACACGGCCCCCUCGUCCCGCCGGGAGCGCGAGCGGGAGCGCGCCUCGUCCCCCCCGGACCGCAUCGACAUCUUCGGGCGCACGGUGAGCAAGCGCAGCAGCCUGGACGAGAAGCAGAAGCGGGAGGAGGAGGAGAAAAAAGCGGAGUUCGAGCGGCAGCGGAAAAUACGCCAACAAGAAAUUGAAGAGAAACUCAUAGAGGAAGAGACAGCCCGAAGAGUGGAAGAGCUUGUGGCUAAGCGCGUAGAGGAAGAGCUGGAGAAACGGAAGGAUGAGAUUGAGCGAGAGGUUCUCCGCAGGGUGGAGGAGGCUAAGCGCAUCAUGGAAAAACAGUUGCUCGAAGAACUCGAGCGACAGCGACAAGCUGAACUUGCGGCACAAAAAGCCAGAGAGAGGAAGCUGGCGCGUAUGGCAGCCGAGGAGCACACUCUGCAGGACACUGGACAAGACAGAGGAAGAGCGUGCAAAACGUGAGGAACUAGAACGAAUAUUAGAAGAGAAUAAUCGAAAAAUUGCAGAAGCACAAGCUAAACUGGCUGAAGAACAAUUGAAAAUUGUUGAAGAACAAAGAAAGAUUCAUGAGGAGAGGAUGAAACUAGAACAAGAGAGGCAACGUCAGCAAAAGGAAGAGCAAAAAAUGAUCCUGGGCAAGGGAAAGUCUAGGCCAAAACUGUCUUUCUCACUAAAGAGCCAGGAUUAAAUUGGAACUCUGAACUCUUAAAAAGAAAAACGAAACAGAAAAACUUUGUAUGGUAGCUUCAUGUUGAAGUGGUUUCUUUCACCUUUUUUUUUAUUUUUGGGGGGGAUCUUUUUUUUUUUAAAUUUUUGAAAGUCUGGAAAGUUAGCUUGUUCUAAUAGGGGCUGUGCUCUGCAAUUCUUAAUUUUUUUUUUUAACUUCCAUUAAGUUAAAUCUUUAUCAGAUCACUGUUGCCUUUUAGAGAGUAAUCUGUUCUCAUCCAUUUUGUUUCUGUAAUAGUGGUUUGAAGCAGAUCAGGUCACUUUAUAAAUUGUGUAUGAUCUGAUAAGGUUUUUACUGACCCACUGAUUUCAGAGUUAUACUCUGAUAUUCGAAUUUCAUGCUGGUUUUGCUGACUUUUAAUGACAAAAAAAGUUAGUAUAUGCAUCAGUAAAUUCCCAAAGUACUACUGGACCUCUGUGGUUUAUUAUUAAAUCAGUGUCCUAUGAUACUGUCCCACUGUUGCACUUGAUGUUCCUGAUACAGGUAAGGAAACAGUUGGUCAAUUCUGCUAUGAAUAUAUAGAGAGAUUGAGAGUUCAGUAUUGUCGCUUAGAUUGUUUUUAUUACAUUGACAAAAUUCAACCAGCAUUCCCCAUUGUGUAAAUAAACCAAUUUGCUGAAUAAAGUAAAGUCUUAAAUUCAUAUGUUUAAGUAAAUUUUUUUAGUACACUUGUGUAACUACAGUAAGAGUGACAGUUCACUUUCCUAAAUUCAAAAAUAUAGUGGCAUUUUUUAAGUUCACUUCCAAAAAGUUGUUGCUUUUCCUACCUCUAAUGCAAGGAUUACACAGACAGUUAAAAAACCCAGUUUUUAAUAUUUUUUUAAUGGCUGUCUCUAUUUUCACUAAAUGUUGGUAUUAUUCUGACAGAGACUUAUUUUGGCGUCUUUAGCUGACUGAACCCAGAAAAGUACUUUAGUAUCUAAUCCCCUUGAGUUUGCCUCAUUAUAUGGUAUGUUGUAUAAUUUAGGGUCAUCACCAUAUAUAGUGAAUCUGAUAGAUUUAGGAAGGGGAAAACAAAUCCUGUAUAUAUUUAUUUUUAAAUUGAAGGGCAAGCACACUUGCGAGGUAAUGGAAAGCAGAAAGUGAAGUUCUGUUUAAAUACAUUGUUUUAGGCGCAAAGCAACUGUUGUUCAUGUGCAGCAUCCUGAAUGUUAUCCAUUUAUAUACGGGUUUUAUUCUGACAAAUGAAAACACAGAUUGAAAACUAUAUAUAAAAUCCCCUUUUGUAUGUAACUCUUCUGCAGAAACUUCAGCUACUGUAGUGUCUAGUUCUAAAAUUCUAUUUUUCGUAUUGGUAUUACAUCAUCUAUAAUUGUUGACUAAACAUAUGAAGAUUUUUCCGGACUGAGAGGGAAAGAAUUCCUGAUACGUCACCAGAUCUGUUUCUGUGGAUUUGAUAAAUAAAAUGUAGCAGGUUGAAUGUGUCACUGUAACAGUAUGCAGCAAUCUUUGUCUGGAAUUUGGAGUCGGGUGCAGAUUGACACUUUCCGCUUUGCCCUGAGUGUCACAAUAAGCAUGAAGAUAUAAAAUACCUACAUCAGUACUUGUACUUAAAUUUGUCUUUAUAAAUUGUUACAGAAAUAGUGUUGCUUAAUGAGUAAGCACUCAAACUGAAGCCAAACAAUGUACAUGACCUGUAGCAAGCAUCAGGCUUUAUUUAAAAACUCAACUGAUACCUGUAUUUCUAAAAUAUAAAACUUCCCCUUGUUCCCUAUAUGAGAAACAAGCUAUUAAAAAAUCAAUACUUAAA